UGCAGUUUACCAAAGGUGGCCAUGGCAACCACUUGUGGGCGCCACUGCAACUGGUGUCACAUGAUAUUUUUCCCAGUAGCAGCGGCGACCCUGUGGGCCGCAAUACAGUGUUUGGGAACGCUUCGUCCACGUGAGGUCCGAGUGGAGUCGAGUGUCAGAGUCGCAUUCUGACAAGUGGGACACACGAACGUCUGCUCACACACCAACAGGUGUUAGCCUCCUCCUCCUCCUGCUCCUCCUGGGUCACAUUACCGUCAGACUCGGUGACCACACUCUCCACACCGUGUCCCGGCUCAGCACAUGUCUGUUCGCCUCUCCCUCACUUCACCUGGCCCGCAAACUCUCCUUGAAGCCGACACUUGGACGUCAAUGAUGCACUCCGCGCAGAAAGACACCACUUACACCAAGAUCUUCGUAGGAGGUCUACCGUACCACACCACCGACUCCAGCCUCAGGAAGUACUUCGAAGUGUACGGAGACAUCGAGGAGGCUGUGGUCAUCACUGACCGACAGACCGGCAAAUCCAGAGGCUAUGGCUUUGUGACCAUGGCAGACCGGGCCUCUGCUGACCGAGCGUGUAAAGACCCCAACCCCAUUAUAGACGGAAGGAAGGCCAAUGUGAACCUGGCCUACCUGGGGGCCAAACCCAGAGUCAUACAGCCAGGAUUUGCUUUUGGUGUGCCUCAGAUCCACCCAGCCUUCAUCCAGAGACCUUAUGGGAUCCCUGCCCACCUGGUUUACCCUCAGGCCUUUGUCCAGCCCAGUGUGGUGAUCCCUCAUGUGCAACCCUCUGCUGCUACAGCAACAGCUGCUGCUGCGGCAGCCGCCACUUCCCCCUACCUUGACUAUACAGGGGCGACAUAUGCUCAGUACUCUGCGGCUGCCGCGACUGCUGCGGCCGCUGCAGCUGCCUACGAACAGUAUCCUUACGCCGCCUCACCUGCACCAACAAGCUACAUGACCACGGCAGGAUAUGGAUAUGCUGUCCAACAGCCGCUAGCCACCGCUGCCACGCCGGGAGCGGCGGGGGGAGCAGCCUUCAGCCAAUACCAGCCUCAGCAGCUGCAGACAGACCGUAUGCAGUAAAAGCAUUAAAUUGCCUUAAAAGGGAAAACCAGGGGCAGUUACCUUCUCCCAUGAGGAGAACAUAGAGUGGAGUGCAACUACAGAAGACGUUAGCUGUCACUCCUAGGUUUUAUACAUAGUCUGUAUAUAAGAAAUGGAUGUAACUUCCAGCUUUGAACUGCGGUUGCAACCCUGAGGUCACCAAGUAGAAUAGAAAUGCUUUGGUAGUUUUGAAAGUCAUUCUGAAUAAGUUAAAGGAGUUAACUACAGCUUCUAACCAAACAAUGUCACAUUAUUAAAAAAGCAUUCCCCAUUAACAAAAGCUAAUAGGGAAUACUAGCAGCUUGUGGGCUAAUUGUGGCCACCCAGUCUAUUACAAGCAGAUCUGCCACUUGAUAUUUAUUUCGAGAGAAUCUGGCCUUUAUCGUGACUCAUAGAGCCAGUAAUGGCCUGCACUCACUGACAUGACAGUUGUCCCAGCGAUGCCUUCAGUGUCCUAGGGGGGGAAAAGUUGCAGCACUCUGAACACACUAUUUCACACUUGGAGCCUCUCUGUUGUUGCGUUCUCCUGAGUUUAAAAGCAAAUUGGCUUUAUAGGUUUUUUGGGCUACUCACAAAGUAAUUAAAUUAUUAAAUCUGGCACAGUCUGUGGUUGAAAGGUGAAGACACUACUGUUUGAAGCCACUUAAGUUGAUUUGGACCAGGGGUGCCCACACUUUUUUGUUAUGGGAGCUACUUUUCGAAUGACCAGGUUCAAAGGAUCUACCAAGAUUGUGUUACUGAUUAAAUACAUGUAGCUCUAAGGCUAAUAUAAUUCUUUUUUUUUUUAGUAUAUUGUCACUACUACACUCCCUUUGUGAUCUACUGGUAGAUCCCGAUGUACUUAUUGGGCACCCCUGAUUUAGAGUAAAUGUGGCUCAGAUACUUCAUAAGAAUCAUUGACAGUUGUCUGGCAGUGAGCAUAAUUUAAGAAAUUGCUAAAUAUGUUAAUUGUAAAUAGUUUAUAUUAGGGCGUUCAGAAAAGUAUUUAUUUACUUAUUUCCUAAAGUGGACUUUAUUUAAAUGCUACAAAAUAUUGAGCUCCAUUUGAUCAGAGACACAUCCAUAACUAACGGAGCUGCUUCCUAUUUACUCCAGCAACCUACCUUUUGCCACCAUUUGGCUGCAUCUGUUUCCUAUAUACGGUCUAUGGUUUGAUCUUAGCAGUCCUUCCACCAAAGAGCCUGAUGAAAGACCCCAUACACAUGCAGGUAAAUUGCUGCGUACUUAUACUCAGGCAAGAUCAGUAUUUUGUCAAUCUUGAAUUUACAUUAUUAUUUAAUAUUUAUUGAGCAGUAAAAUACUAUUUAAGAUUCAUCAAAAUACACGCGCUGGACCUCAUCUUGACAAUUUUCACUAUUGUUUGUACAUAUUUCUAUUAGUUAGUUUCUUUUAAAAAAAUAAUAAAAUUCAGUGUAUGUCUUAUAAUCAGGUUUUCUUCCCUAUCAUUUGAGAAACGAUCGUUGCGUACAUACGUAGAGAGCAGCAUGUUAUCAUCAUCAUGCCGUUUUCAGUAUUUCAUAGUUUUGGACCAGUACUUUGUUUGGUAAAGCUAUGCACACAUUUCUAGAGCGAUUUAGUUAGGAAUAUUUUUUUAUUUUAAGUAACUGUGUGGAGUGAGAUAGCGUAGACUUCCUCAAGUUGUUUCUUAGAUAUUUUUUCUUAUGAGGACACAAUGCUGGAGCCCUCACUUUUCCCUUUGACUGCAGCUCAACUAAACUCAGCAAAAGGGAAUGUAAUGUCUUUGAAUGUGAAUCUCUGGCUAUAAAAAAAACCCACUCACAAUGUGCCUUUUAAAUUAUGCUAUUUAUGUAUUUAUUAUGGAGCCUUAGAGUAAAAGUAAACUCUUUAUUUGUGUUAAAUUGUCACUCCGAAACCCAUUGGUCCUCACACACAGGCUGCUGAAUUUCUCAUGAUCAGGAGAGUAUGUGGGUAAAGGAUGUUUAAACUUGGCUUAAGAACAGAAAUUUGAGUGGGAAAAGUAGCAAUAACUCUUUUUGGGUUUUUUUCGGUAGAUUUAAUGUUGUCUAAAAUAUAGCCUUUAUUAUUUAAUGUCUCUUUUUAUACUUGACCAGUUUGAUAAAGGACAGUGUGACCACUGUUUGGACGUUUUAGACUUGUUUCUUUUUCUCUUUUUUUCUACAUUUAAUGUUGUUUGACAUUGAAUGUCUUCCAUUGCAGUGGCAUCACUGUUUACCCUGCAGUUUCUAAUGCAUGACUGACAAAUGAUGCAAAUAUUUAAUAUGUGAAAUAAAAAUAUAAAAUCACACUCAACAUCCAGCUCUUUUGUUUAUUUUAUUUGGGUUUUUCUUGGUGACUCUAGUUCACUGGAUAAUGCAGCCCCUAAAAUAGAAGGCCGAAGGUCAAAACUCAACAUAAACAAUCCACUUUCUUUUUCAUCAGAGGAUUUUAGACUCUGAAAUAGAUUUAAAAUUUUAAUAAUAAUAAUACAAUUAAAUCAAACAUGGGAGAUUCUUUUUCUAUUUGGUUUACAAUUAUUUUCUGAUUUUCAAUAUUAUCUGAGGUGCCUACUUACAAAGUAAAUUGGUGAUUAACAAAUUAAAUUAAACAACCCAUUUUGGUUUCCUCCUCUGUGCUCUUUUUAAAAGUCCUCAAGUCCUGAACCGCCCUCCAUGCUCUGCGGAAGCCGUUGAGCGUUCACCUCUUUUCCGAUAAUUUACGUCGCCUUCUUCUUCUACGUUACGCGUCAACACGUAAUACAAUGGAGUAACAGCGCUGCAUUUACGUACAUUUUGUGAAGUUGGACACCCUGUUUUUUCGUGCCAAACUCCAAAAAUACGU